AUGAGUGGAGCCCCCAGCCCUCUCAGUCAGGAUGGGAUGAGAUUCAUUGAGUCACAGAGUCUAGAAAGGCAAUGGGGCUCCCCCAACUGUUUUUUGUUAUUAAAAAUUUACAAGUCACUGAGCCAUAAACUUCCCCAACAUUUUGUGUCCACAGAAAAUUUCAUGGUGAUUGGCCCCUCGGAACCCAUCGUGGCAGUGCUGGGUGAUGAUGCCAUUCUGCCCUGCUCCCUGUUCCCAGCCAUAAGUGCAGAGCACAUGGAACUGAGGUGGAGUCGUUCCCAUUUCUUGGAGACCGUGUUCAUCUAUCGGAACCAUCAGGAGCAGAAGGAGGAGCAAAUGCCAGAGUACACAGGGCGGACCUUGCUGGUGAGGGACUUCCUCACCCAGGGGCAGGCUGCCCUGCGCAUCCACAAUGUCCAGGUUUCAGACAACGGGAUGUACUCCUGCUUCUUCAAAGAGGGAAGCUACUAUGAAGGGGCCAACUUAGAACUGAAGGUGGCAGGCCUGGGCUCUGCCCCUCAAGUGCACAUUGAAGGGCCGGAGCAGGACGGGGUCCGCGUGCUGUGCAAGGCCUCGGGCUGGUUCCCGAAGCCCCAGGUGCAGUGGACAGACCUCAGCGGGAAGAAGUUCCUGGAGUUCUCUGAGGCCCAUGCCCAGGACGCAGCAGGGCUGUUCAGCGUGGAGGCGGCUCUGGUGGUGAGAGACAGCUCUGCAGGGAGUGUGAGCUGCUCUGUCCUCAAUCCCAUCCUGGGCCAGGAGAAGGCGAUGGCCGUGUCCAUCCCAGAGCCCUUCUUCCCACAGGCCUCUCCCUGGAAGGCAGCUUUUGCAGGGAGCCUGACGGUGCUGGGGCUCCUGCUCUUUGGGGCUGGCUGCUUCACCAGGAGAGAGCACUCUGCAAAGCUGCAGGAGAGCCAGAAACAGGAGAAGCUGGGCUGGGAUAAGGAGGAGGACCAGCGGGCAGAGGAGGAGACACUGAAGGCCAGAGAUGAGCUCCAGGCAGAACUUGGUAGGAGGAAGGCAGCUUACCUGGCUGCCUGGAGGAAGGCGCAGCUGUAUGCUGACUGGCGGAAGGAACAGUUCCAGGCCUGGUCUGUCACUCUGAAUCCAGAUUCGGCCCAUCGUAGUCUUUUAGUCUCUCCUGAAAAGACAAGUGUGACCUGGAAGUACACUGGUGCGGGAUUGGGUGGCACCUGCAGUGUGUUGAGCCGUGAGGGCAUCACAUCAGGAAGAUACUACUGGGAAGUGGAGAUCAAGAGCACAAAGUUCAGCAAGUGGGCUCUGGGGGUCUGUAGGGAGCAUGUUACAAGGAGAGGCAGGUACAUAGAGUCCCCAGAUGAGGGGUUUUGGGUUGUGGGUUGCUUUCACAAUAGCUACCUUGCCUGGACUAAGCCUCAGCAGCUUCUGUUCCUUAGGCAGGAUCCCUUCAGGGUGGGGAUAUUCCUGGACUAUGAUGAGGGGGACGUCUCCUUCUAUAACAUGUCUAAUGGCUCCCACAUUUUCUCCUUCCCUCAAACUUCGUUCUCUGGAACCCUCUUUCCAUACUUCAUGCUCUGGGUAAACGUGUCCCUGAGUAUCUGCCCCACAGAGGGGGGCUCUGAGGGGCUCCCUGUGCCUCUUAGCAAGUCUCCUUCUUUGGAGGAGGCUGGGAGGCCCCCAGGGGAGGGGCUCAGCUCAGGCUCUGGAGUGGAUGGAGCUCCCCCAGGGGCUGAGUCUCCAUUGCUGCCCUGAACCCCAUAGGGGCCCUCACUGCCCCUGACUCCUCAGUGAGACUCUUGAUGGGGCUGCAGGCUCCUGGGACAAAGCCUCUGGGUCAAGUCCUGAUGGACCAAGAGCUUUCUCGUCUCAUGAUUAUGAGAACUGCUGGUUCAUGCCUGUGUUCAAACAGCAGAAGAUGCAAGUUCACAGCUGUUUGAACUGGUUUAGGACAGGCUGAAUUUUACUAUGGGAAUAUAAAAUGUUUUUAUAUUUUUUAUCUUCAAAUAUUUUUAUGGAUUUUCAAUUAUCUUUGGAUAUGAAUUGGACUGAAGUCUGAAAUACUGUGCCCAAGAAAGCAGAGUUCAAUUAUCUAACUUGAAUCAGAGCAGAGGGCCUAGAGGCUGAGAGAGUCUGCAGCUCUGUUCUGGGAGGGUUUGUUCUAUUUGACUACAGAUGUUGGCCAUCUGAACAGUUCCAUGCAAAUGAGUGACUGAUGGAUUUUUAGGGGAAAGGUAUUUAAUGGUCUACUUUAUUUACUUCCAUACUGGGACAGAGGACACACACAUGAUUUUCCACACUGCAGUAAUUUUCUGUUCCAGUGAACAAACUGCUGUCAAUUCAGGGAAUCUAAGGGGAGGGCUUGGAUCCCCUUCUGUGUCAACACUGUAGCUGUGGGAAGAAGAGAGCUGCUAGCAGGGUAGCAGUGGAUGCCUGAGCAAGAUGAAGACGAAGACGAGAAUUUCCUGAUGCAAGUUCAACUGCAGACAGCUUUGACCGUGAGCCUGGUUCUAGUUACUCGAUGCAUUGCCUCUUUAGGAUCCAAGUCCAGUUGUCACAGUGAGUGGAAAACCACAGCAAACAAAAUGAAGCAGGACUGCUGAGGACUCAUAUUCUUCCAGCAAGGAGACGUUCAUUCUUCCAGAUAAAACACUUUAACCAGGAAGGGAACGUGGAACAGGGGUCCUGAUACCACUUGAGACCCCGGGUCCCAUGUUGGAAUGCCUGGCUGGGUUCCCGUCCUGGUUCUAUUUCUGAUUCUCACUUCCUGCUAAUGCACACUCUGGGAGGAUUCAGUGAUGGCUUAAAUAGUUGGAUUCCUGCCACCCAUGUGGGAAACCUGGAUUGAGUUCCUGUCCCUGUCUUCAGCCUUGUCUAGCAACUGUUGUUGUUUGCACUUGGAGAGUGAAUCAGUGUCUGGAAAUUCUCUGUCUUCAUUUCAAAUAAAAUGAAAAUAAAGAAAAAAUAAAACUAACUUGCUAUCAAUUCUGAUGAGGGUGAGAGACAUGAAAUGAAAAGUGGAAGAAGGAAGUCGGGGAUAGCACCUCUGGCCUUGUAACCAGUUAUACCAGUAAGGAAGACAGUAGCUGCUAUGGUUUUAAUAUUUGU